AUGGAAGUGGAGAGCCUAUUAACAGGGAAGAUAGUCAAGCGAAAACCAUCAUGGACUCACUUUUUUUUGCAAGAAAACUGGAAAGAUAGGACAUCUCAAAGCUUAUUUUUCAUCAGAAUCUUUAUAGUCGUUGCUUUUGGCACCCUUAUCGUUGCAAAUGCAAUAACUGGAAUAACCUUACAAUCAGCCAAUGUAGAUUGUAUAUGAGAUGGGCUAUUUCAAGCUACUCGGCCCAUAAAUCAAUUUUUUAGAGAGAAUGAAACUCCAAGGAGCAUCAUGCUUAUUAUUUCCUCUUUUCUAGUAGAUAUACUUGUAGUAAACUAUGCUACCAAUUUUAUCCUUUGGGGAAAAACAUGAAGGACUGCAAUUUGUCUUUUUUGUUUUUAUGCUUUUAGAGGGCUCAUACAGAAUAUCUUUGUUAUGGAAUUUCCUUAUGGGCAAGCUUGGGGGUAUCCUGGUUUUCCUUCAUUGACAGUAUCUUACUAUGUGACAAAUGAUUUUUUCUUUUCAGGGCAUGUAGGCGUCAUAACGAUUUUGUCAUUAGAUAGUCAUGCGAGGGGUAAAAGGGGUCUUAUGUGGAUAUCAAUUGCGACUGUUUUUAUCGAGUUUUGGGUUAUGAUAUUUUUGAGGGGUCAUUAUACUAUUGAUUUAAUUUCAGGGAUUCUAAUUGCUCAUUAUAUGUGGAUUAUCAGCAAAAAAGUAAGCAGAGCGUUAGAUAGGAUAUCGGGAUAUAAGAGACCAUCAAAUGAGUACGGGAUUGACAAUGGAACUGAAUUCUCUAAAAUUUAA